AUGGAAAGCGCAUUGUGGGUGGCGGUGAUUAUCACAGAUAUAAACAGUACCUGGAGGGUACAAGAACUCUUGAAUGUCUUCGGAUUUACAAUUCUGGGUCGCGCAGCGCAAUGCGCUUCUAUUUCCCCGCCAUGCUCGGGCGUUGAGACCUAG